AUGCCUGUUGUUAAGCUGACAACCGAUGAGAGAAAGACGCUUGUUGAGCCAUUGAAAAAUAACGAAUGGGAAUUGGUUGAUGGGAGAGACGCCAUCAAAAAGAAAUUCGAGUUCAAGGAUUUCAAUGAGGCUUUUGGAUUUAUGACUCGAAUUGCAUUGCAAGCUGAUAAGGUUGACCAUCAUCCAGAGUGGUUUAAUGUAUACAAUAACGUUGAAAUUACUCUUGCAACGCAUGAAUGUCAAGGACUGUCUAUGAGAGACGUGGAUUUGGCCAACUUCAUUGACAACAUAUACAAGAGACAUUAA